GCGUUUAGGAGGUGUAUAUCAAUGGUUAGACCUCUUAACUGGCCGUCAGUCGUCUUCCGUCUCCCGACCGUUCCGUCUCGCGCGCGUAAAUAGACAUAAUAUAGGUACCGCUACCGCUCGCCGCACGCACGGGCCGUUGCCGCCGCCGCAACUCGCGACUCGCUUAUUACGAUUGUUAUACAUUAAUAUAGUCAUUCCGAAAUCGUAUACGGUACAGCAGUAAGUAAAUAUCAUAUAUACGACGUACCAUCAUCGUUUACCCGUAUAAUAUAAAUAAUAUAUUAUAAUAUUACCUAUAUCAGCUGCGUUUCACCGCCCGCCGCAGUGAUGCUGCACGGCCGUGCCGGACCACCCCGCGCCGCCCUGCAAAGACGACGGUAGAGCCGAAGACGACCACUCGUCCGCAUAAUAUAAAUAUAUAUAAAGGUGACUCGCCCUAACCCGUCAUCGAGUGUAGGGACGACGACGGCGACAAUCGCACAAUAUUAUGUGGCGGCUACGACUGUUGAUGGGUACGCUGUUGCAUUUGACCGGAACUGCAGUUGUCCAGUGCAGGAACAUCAAUCUGAUAUUGCCCAGCGUUCCGGACGUCUUACACCCCCCGGUGCCGUCCUCCCAAGCUGGAUACAUAAAAGGAGAAUAUGUGGAUGAUCUCCUGUCCGUGGAGGACAUCGAUCCGGAGGUCAGACCGGGUUUGUUUCAAGGCGACAUGGCCAUGAAUAACGAGAUUUUCGAUUAUUGGCGGGUUGGCCUGCGAUGGGACAUUUUCCCGGAGAAACUUUGGCUCAACCGCACCGUGCCAUAUUUGAUCAGUCCUCUUUAUGAAACCGAACACCGAAUUCUGAUAUACCAAGCCAUCAGAACGAUUAAUUUUAUGACUUGCGUCAAAUUCGUACCAUGGACCGGCAAAGAAAAGGACUAUUUAUUGAUAUGGCCGGUGAAAUAUCCUUCUGGAUGCUGGUCGUACGUGGGCCGUUACGGGGGACCGCAAGUUGUGUCACUGCAGCCACCAGACGACACUGGAGCCAAUUGCUUAGGUACCGACGGACGACCUAUUCAUGAAUUAUUACAUGCUUUAGGCGUUUUCCACGAACAAUCCAGAUCGGACCGCGAUAAAUUUGUUAAGAUAAAUUUUGAAAACGUUAUACCACAAUAUCGUUCUAAUUUUGAUAAACAAAGUUUGAAAAACACCACGUAUCAGUUUGAAUACGAUUACGACAGUGUCAUGCACUAUGGAAAAAACUUUUUCAGUGUUGGGAAGGGAAAGCAAACUAUUGUCCCGAAAAUUGAAGGUAAAACAAUCGGUCAAAGAAAAAUGAUGAGCAAAACAGACUGCUUGAAAAUAAACGAUUUGUAUGGAUGUCUAGGCACUCCGCCAAAUUACAAUUAUAAGUACUAUACAUUAUGUAAUUAUAUGGGUCUUUAAUUAGCAAUUGUAUUUAAAAAGUAAACAAAUAAACAACAAAAAAAUCAGA